AUGUCACCGACACAUAACCCGGGCGUUCGAAAAAACACCCAACCACCACCAACCAACUACCAAAAUCCACACCAACACCAGGUCCUUCUCCAUACAUUAAAAAAUCCUUCAAAAUGAGCCCGGAAGCCUGGCUCCCGCAGCCCACCUUGUUCCUCACUGGCCUCAGCUUGCUCCUCUCGCUGGCACCCACAGGACUGGGCAUGGAGGUCAUGGCUCCUGCCACCAUCAACGCUCUGAAUGGCUCCUCUGUGAAGCUCUCCUGCACCUUCAACUCCUGCUACAAGGUGGAGAACAAGCAGUUCUCCCUCAACUGGACUUACCAGGAAUGCUCAAACUGCUCUGAGGAGCUGUUCCUGCAGUUCCGGACGAAGAUCAUGAACAAGCAGCUGGACCGCUUCGGGAACCGGGUGGAGUUCACCGGCAACCCCACCAAGUACGACGUCUCCUUCACCCUCAAGAACGUGCAGCUGGAGGAUGAGGGCACCUACAACUGCUACGUCCUGAACCCCCCCGACCGGCAGCGGGGCCACGCCAGCAUCAGCCUCAAAGUGCUCACCAAAGAGCCCCCGAAGCACGACUCGACGGUGGCUGUCAUCGUGGGUGCCUCUGUCGGGGGUUUCUUGGCCGUGGUGAUCCUGGUGCUGAUGGUAGUGAAAUGUGUGCGCCGGAAAAAGCAGCAGAGGCUGAACACGGACGACCAGAAGACAGAGGAGGAAGGAAAGACAGAUGGGGAAGGCAACCCGGACGAGGGCACCAAGUAA